AUGUGGGGCACCGGACUGGGCUUCGCAGCUCUUGGCGGUCCCGUAACAUACACACCCGAAAAUCCUUUCGCUAGAUUCAAAGGCAUAGCUUACCAUGUCUUACCCACUAGCCAGGAAGCUGAUGGCCUCGUUUGUUUGGAGCUGGCUAGACCAUUAUCUGAAGUACGUGUCCACUGGCAAGCUCUGCAAGAUGCUCUCUUCCGACUUCUUGGUGGAAGGCCUAAUUACCAUUUGCUCUUGGAGGAAAUGAGACCAGCUGGUCGGGAUGCUAAUCACACGGAAGUGAUUGUACGAGUAGCAGAACGUCAUGCAUCAGGCAAGUGUUCCUUCAUUCAUUCAAGUAUUGAUAAAUAA